UGCCGAGUCAUGGUGACCCCAGUGAGGUAAACACUCAGGGCUCUGCCUGGAGACAUUGGGGUCGCCCUCACAGUGUAGGGGGCAGAUGGAUGUCUGAGACACAGUCUGACGGAGGCGAGGUGCAGCCUGGAGGUGCUUCUCUCUGCCCAUCUCAAAUCUAAAGGAGGGUCCAAGGAGGAGAGUCCUCUCAGGAGUUGUCAGAUGCUCUGGGUUAGGAGUCACGAGGACAGAAGGGAGCCAAGGACUGCCCUGCUUACACUUUGCCUGAGUUUGGGGCUACGAUGCCCAUGCCAUCAGGGGGGAUCCUAGCGCCCCCUCCCCAGGCCCUGGGGAGCAGAGACCCAUGGGUUGAUCAGCCAGUCAAGAGACACUUAUUAGGCACCUGCUGUGUGCCAGGCUGCAUCCUGAGGCAGAUUCUGGGCUAAGAAAAAAGCAGCCGGCAGGGCAGGAAGACGAAAUGAGGGUGGGAGAAAAGGGCUGCAGCCCCCAGGAUGGGGCACAAUACAUAUAUAUACCCCUCCCCCACCAGCCCUCUACACCCAGGCGCCCAGGUAGGACGACUCCAUUUCCCAGAAUGCCCCUGUCAUGACAUCAUGCAAGCCCUAGCCCUCCUCAGUAGAUGACUCCAUUUCCCAGAAUGCUGGUUCCCUGACUCCUCCCUAUUUUUGGCUCCUCCCUGUGGCAGCCUCGGGGCAUGCUGAGAACUUCAUUUGAGUGGUCUCAGCUCCCGGAAGGUGUAUCGCUGCUUCUUGGACCUUUGCUAGCGCACACAGAGGAAGUCUCUCCCCCUCAGGCUGCCACCCCCUGAAGGACCCCAGGGUGGCCCCGCAGAGAGCCCGCAGCCAGAGGAAUGGCCCCCGGGACCCCGAGGCCCCCCUCCCAGGCGUCAAUAGCAUUCAAGGAUGUGGCUGUGGACUUCACCCAGGAAGAGUGGUGCCUUUUGGACCAUUCUCAGAAAGAGCUGUACCUGGAGGUCUUACUGGAGAAUGUGCAGAAUCUACUCUCUGUGGGGCUUCCAGUUCCUAGAGAAAAUUUUAUCUCCUGUUUUCAGCAAGGGAAUGUAUGGCAUGGCUACUAGAUCGAAAAGGCCCAAGGAGCUGCUGUGCAGAGGCAGAGAAUAAUUUUGAAGUGAAGGAGAUGUCUACAAAGCUGAGCCUUUUUGUGAAAGGAUCUGGCCCCAAAAGAUGCAUGACUAAGGAGCUCCAUGACUUUAUUUUGAGAGAAAUCUGUGCCCCUAAUAUCAAGGUAAAUAAAAAUCCAAAGAGUGACAAUGAAUUUGAUGAAACUGUUGAGAAAUUCAGCCAAUAUUCAGCCCUAAAUCAGUACAUGAAAUUGACCUUAGGAAAUGACUGUUGUCAGGAUAGCGAAUAUAGGAAAAGCUUUCCUGAAGAAGUAGAACUUGUUCAGUCACCCAAGGAACUGGAAAUGCCUACGUAUCAAGGUAACCUAGGAGGAAUGGCCUUUGGCUGGAGUUUAAACCUCAUUAGACAUCCAAAAAUUAAACAUGUUGAGAUAGUUUCAGUAAGUGAUAAAGGUGGGAGACCUUUGAAUCAGAACUCUGAACUUGCCGCACAUCAGAGAAUCCACACUAGAGAGAAACCUUAUGAAUGUAAACACUGUGGAAAGGCAUUUAAACGGAGAGGCCAUCUUGCUGCACAUCAGACUGUCCACACUGGAGAGAAACCUUAUGAAUGCAAACACUGUGGAAAGGCUUUCACAAUGAAGAGCAAUCUUGCUAAACAUCAGAGAAUCCACUCUGGAGAGAAACCUUAUGAAUGUAAACACUGUGGAAAGGCUUUCACACGUAGGGGCAAUCUUGAUAUACAUCAGAGAAUCCACACAGGAGAGAAACCUUAUGAAUGUGAACACUGCGGAAAAGCUUUCACAGUGAGGAGCAAUCUUGCUAAACACCAGAGAAUCCAUACUGGAGAGAAACCUUAUGAAUGUAAACAAUGUGGAAAGGGUUUUACACAGAGUGACAGUCUUGCUGCACAUCAGAGAAUCCACACUGGGGAGAAACCUUAUGAAUGUAAGCAAUGUGCAAAGGCUUUUACACAGAGGGCCCAUCUUGUUGCACAUCAGAGGUUCCACACUCGAGAUAAACCUUAUGAAUGUAAACAGUGUGGAAAAGCUUUUACAGGGAGUGGCCACCUUGCUGCACAUCAGAGAAUCCACACUAGAGAGAAACCUUAUGAAUGUAAUCAAUGUGGAAAGGCUUUCACACAGAGGGGCCAUCUUGCCAGACAUCAGACAAUUCACACAGGAGAGAAACCUUAUGAGUGUACACAAUGUGCAAAGACUUUCACAGAGAGGGGCAAUCUUUUUGCACAUCAGACAAUCCACACAGGAGAGAAACCUUAUGAAUGUAAUCAAUGUGGAAAGGCUUUCACAGAGAGGAGCUCUCUUGCUGCACAUCAGAGAAUCCACACUGGAGAGAAACCUUAUGAAUGUAAACAAUGUGGAAAAGCUUUCACAGAGAGGGGCCAUCUUGCCAGACAUCAGACAGUCCACACAGGAGAGAAACCUUAUGAAUGUAAACAAUGUGCAAAGGCUUUCACAGAGAGGGGCUCUCUUGCUACACAUCAGAGAAUCCAUACUGGAGAGAAACCUUAUGAAUGUAAUCAGUGUGGAAAGGCUUUUACAUGGAAGGAAUCUGUUGCUAAACAUCAGAGUAUCCACACCAGAGAAAAACCUUAUUGUAUGGGAUAAAAUCAUGCAUUAUCCUCUAGUAUACAUUAAUUAAUAUUAGUUAUUUUUGAUUGGCAACUUCCUGCAACAAAUUAGUAAUCAUUAGGUGCCCUUUAGAAGGGUGACAAGAAGAGUAGAUAAAUUCCCCUCCACAAGCAACUUUUUUUUUUUUUAAACCCUUACCUUCUGUCUUAGAGUCAAUACUGUGUAUUGGCUCCAAGGCAGAAGAGUGGUAAGGGCUAGGCAAUGGGGGUCAAGUGACUUGCCCAGGGUCACACAGCUGGGAAGUGUCUGAGGCCAGAUUUGAACCUAGGACCUCCCGUCUCUAGGGCUAGCUCUCAAUCCACUGAGCUACCCAGCUGCCCCCGCAACUUUUAAUAUAUACAUAAAUAUACACCUUUAAUUCAUUUUUUUAAUGUGGCCAAACCCCCCCCCCAUUUUUUUAUUAUGGAUUAAGACAUUAAAUUCUGAUCCUGUGAAGAAAAUCAUUGAGUGUAUUGGUGCACAAGAAUAGAAUCCCAGCAGGAAAAAGGCAGCAAUGGCGUCGAGUCAUGGGGCAGGGGGAUUUCCCCUGGUACUGCCCCCUAGGACCGCCCCUCUGAGUGGUCCUGGCAAAACCGGAAGUCACAGUUGCCUCCUGAGACAUGCUGUGAUGGAAUUAGUAGGCAAAGAAAAUGUUUGAUAAACUGAGGCAAGAGUGGAUUUUGCUCUUUUCUGGUUUUGUUGCUAGCUAGACUUCCCUGUGAGCAUGGCUAUGGGGCCCUAAUGGUGGCCACAGAAUAGCAAGCUAAAUGGAGCAACCACGAAAGUAACAUAUCUCUCUUUCCUUUCCAUCCCUCUUUUUUGAGGCCCCAAGACAAAAGGGGAAGCCACAAGGCCACUGCUCAUGCUUACACUGUCAUCCCCAGUACAAGAUUUUCUCCCCAUCACUGCCCCUAGUCCUCAGAGACCCUACUCCCUGGUCAAGGAGUCCACAGGCCAGCACAUCGCCUCCUACGGGCUAACAACAAAAAUAUAGGCAAGUUAAAAAUAAAUAAACAAGGCAAAAUAAAAUUUAAAAAAUUAAACAUAAAAUUAAAUAAAAGAAAAAUUAAUAAAAUUAAAUAUAAUCAAUAAAAUACAUAAAAUUAAUUAAUUGGAUAUACCAGUUCUGUAAUCCAUCAUUUCAAAAGUUAAUGCCUUGCAUUCAUUUCUUAUUUAGCCCUAACACCAACGUCCAACUUUGUUGUCUUUUAAAAUAAACUUAAAGGAAGUUGUGUCUACAUUUUUAAUUUAAGUAUUCAAAUGUUUUGGCUAUUAAAUUAUUGGAUUUUGUAGAGCUCCUUGCUGAACCCUAGGCCCAGGACCACAUAGCUACUGCCGGGUCCAUAACUUAACUCCCCCCUCUCCUAAAUUAGGGUUUCUUUUCCUAAGCAGCAACAGCCAUAGCAGGUACCCCAAACAUAUAGUGAAGAAAGACAAGUUUUUUUUUCUCAAUUUGGGGAACAAAAGCAGUAACUUCUGACCAGAUAAUCUACUAAGUCCUUCUUAUAUUAUGGGGGAUAUUGCUAUGAAGAAGUCAAGUAAUAUUCCCCAGGACUUGCCAUUGUAUAAAUUACUAAGAAGUUGGGAUGAACCAGGAUUUCCCAAGAAGCACUGGAUGUCAAGGAAGGAAACAGAGGCUGUGCAAAGUCUGGACACUGAAGCCUUUUACCAGGCCCCUCUUUGACUCUUCUGACUUUAAAAUUCUAAAAGAAUUGAAAGCAAUCAUUGGCAGCAAGGAUUCCAGAGGAUAUUCCAACUUGUGGCUCUGGGCAUAUCACCUUGAUGGUUCAACCAAGCCGAGUACUAGCAAUAACCUCUUGGUUAAAUCUGAAAAAACUGACCCCCCUGGCUUCUCACCUGACAAGAGGCUACUCCAUCUCGAGAUCCAAGCCAUCCUGACGCCUUCGGCACCACCCCUACCACCCCCGACAUGCCCCUCUCACCUGGCAGCCCACCUUUGGUACCAUCUCUUUGCCUCCCCUUACUGGCUAACUCAUGUACUAUCUACCCUUGCUCUUGCCAUGCCCAGCCUGUGCCAUUCCUUGCCCAGCUUUUCCCUCCCCACGGCCCAGCCUCCCACUCCUGCCACUUAGUCUCCCCUUCUCCCCUUUCUCCAGUUUCUCCCCCUCCCUGACCAACCUCCACUUUAACCAACUUCUCCCUCUCUUUCUCUCCUUUCCCUGCCCAACCCCUCCUCCCCCUGGACCUCUCUCACUACCUCUCCUCCCCCUUCCCCACCACACCCCAACAUUGUGCUUACCCCCUCCCGAAAACAACAAGCUAAGCACCAGGAACCACAGACAAGUCCAAUACAGUCCUUUCCCCCAGGGAUGUUCUCAUUUAUUAUUAAUGAGAUCAUUAGUCAAUACUAGACAUCUUACACUUUUUUCUCCACAAGAUUUGAGAGAUUCAUUGAAAAAACUCCUGCCUUUGGAGGCACCUAUGGUGGUGAUGAAAAAGUUUGAAAGUCUAUUUAGGACAUAUAACCCAAAUUGGGCAGAUGUUACAGAAUUGCGUUACUAGAAGAUGAGAGGCACAUGGUCCUUUCCUUUGUGAUUUGGUCCCAAAUAUUUCCCAAUACAAGGAAUUAUCAUAUUUUUGUUAGACUAAAAAGUUAGUUAACCGAGGUAAUUUUACCUAACAUCUUGAUUUGUUUGUGUUUAUUUUGUUUUCAAAACACUUGCUUUCCAUUUUAGAAUCAAUCCUAUAUAGUGAUUGCAAGGGAAAAGAAGAAUUAGGGUUAGACAAUGGAAUUUCAGUACCUUGCCCAGGAUGAUCCAGCUGGGAAGUUUCUGAAAACAGAUUUGAACCCAGGACUUCCCACCUGUAAGCCUGACUCAAACCUCUGAACCUCCUAACUGCCUCCCUAACACCCUGUUUCUAUUCCAAAUAGCAGGGGAUCUAGUUGCCUCAGUCCAUGCUGAAACUUGUAUUCAGAAUUUCCAAUUAUUAAGAGCUAACUCUCUCCUCCCUUUAUCUCUCCAUUUCUGAUCUUUAUCUCUUUCUUGUCUUUAUCUCUCUCCUCUGUCUUUAUUUCUGGUCUUUAUCUCUCUCGUUUGUUUUUCUCUCUUCUGUUUCUUGUUUUUCCGUUUCUUUUCUUUAUCUCUCUUUUUCUGCCUCUGGUCUCUCUCUCUGUCUCUUGUCCUUCUGUCUGUCUUUGUGUCUCUCCCUCUUUCCUCCCCCCCCCCCCCCCCAUGGAUUUUAGACAGAGGGCAAAGUGUCUUCUCUUAAAUUAAUCAAACCUAGGAAGACAAGUAACUACAGGGAAGUCCUGCCCACAGCCUUGGCUUCCUGAGACUCUGCAGGGCUCCCUAGUGUCCACAUCUCCGAAGUCACUGGUGCAGGAAAGCCUCAGGAACCAUCACUUCAUUCACCACUCUCAGGACCUUUCUGCCACCCAUCCUCCCCAGCCCAGUACUGGUUUGGGCUUCCUUUGCCCUCCAGCCCUUUCUCUCUUUUCUCCAGAUCAGCUCACAACUAAGAACAAACCACCUUGUUCCUGGUCCUGAUGAGGGAUGUCAGUCUCUGCCUUCAGGCACUUCCCCCUCCCCCCCCAUCUCUUGACCAAGAACUUUUCCCACCCAAAGCUCCCUCUAUACCUCUCAUCUGUGGAAGCUCAGCUGCUGAGCACAGGGAAUGUCUUACUUUGGGAUGGAUGUAGCUGUGCUGUUUGUAUUUUCCUUAGCUCUGGCCUGGGCAUGAGGAAGAAUCUCCUCAGUGAUUUCUAGGCAGAAAAGGUCCAGACCCCUUCCCCAUCCUCUCCCCUCUGCCUCCUCUUUCCCUCCUCUCUCAGCCCUCCCAGUCCAGCCUCCUGGGUGGGAUCCUCAGACACAGUUACACAGGAAGUGGCUCAUCCUAGAUCCCCUCUGAGGUCCUCUGUUGAGGGAGGAAAGGAGGUGGCUGGUCAUCCUGAAGGCCAGGCAUUCCCCUCCCUGCUUUUCCCCAUGAGGGAUUCUUUCAGAGGCCCUGGGUUCAGAUUCUGCCUCUGACACAUGUCUGUCUCUUCUGGGGCCUCAGUGUGUUCUGUGAAACACAGGAGUCAGCCCAGGUGACAUCCAACAUCCCUUCCAGGGUUAACCCCUGCUGCACUAGGAAGAGUGAAUUGGAGUCCUCAGGGACUGCAUCUAAACCCCUAGAAGGGAAACACGGAUUGAAUCAAGAUCCAAGUUGGAAUCGCCCCUGAGAUACUUGGUGGCUAUGUGACCUUGGAAGAGUCAUUUCAUCUUUGCCUCACUUUCCCCAUUUGUGCAUCUACCCAGCAAGGUGCUAGUGAUGAAUCCCUGAGGGCCCUAGAAAUGCUGGCUGUGAUGAUUUCUUUCCUGUGGAAUAAAACAUACAAAAAUGCUUCCUGAAACCGGGAGAGAAGAGAGGUAGAAUGAAGUUGGGCUCUAAAAGGAGGGUGUAGACAGAGGGCCAAGCUGGGCAGGGCUGCUCAGGACCAGGAAGGAGCAGACUCCAAGGCAGUGACCAGCAGCCUGGGGUCAGGGGCUGAGCCAGAGGAGGGGAGGGUUUGGGGUGACCUGCUGGCCCUCUCCCUGAUACCUUUCCUCAUGGUCCCCUCACCAGACUCCCUGUCCUUGCCCUUUCUCCCCUCAGCCCCUGCCAUGUGUCCCACUCUCUCCCCUACCCUGGAGCUCCUCUGAGUGCAUCCGCAGGCCCCCUUUGCCCCUAUCCUCAGGGAGCUGCCCCCUCCCUCUACACUGUUCCUCCUCCCCAGGUAGGUCCUUCCUCCACUCCCCCACCUUCAGAGGGGUUCACAUCUCUUCCAGACCAAGGAGGGGGUUGGACUCCAUCUCCAAGCUGAGCAAACAUUUAGAGAAGGCUUCCUGGGUUCCAGGUACCAUGCUCAGGGCUUCACCAUGACCAUCUCAGUGGCCCUGGGCCAGUCACUUAACCUGCUUCUCUCUGGUCUUCCCUGUCUACAAUGGGGUGUUGAGAGCAGCUGCCUCUCAGGGUUGGGGGUGGAUUCUGUGAGAGAAUGUAAGACGCUGUGUGAGCCUUCAGUCCUGUGGAAAUGCUGGCUUUGCUGUGAGGAUUCCUGCUUGGAGCACACGUGACCUAGGAAAGACAGUAGAGGAAGCAGACACUGUAGGGGCCUCCUUUUUCAUUCAAACUGAUAUUCAGGGAAGAGUAGAGGAAGGCAGGAGCUGGGAGGGAUCUGCUGGGCUGAGAAGUGGGGCCAACAGGGCUGCGCACACGGCCUCAGGGGCUUCCUGCUCUUAUACUGGAAUGUCGAGAUGGAUUUGGGGUCAGAAGUCUCCGUUCAUUGAUUGUGCCAGUUUAUCGGUCAGACAGGCGUCACCCAUAUGAAGUCACAGGGAGGUCAGCGGCCCUCUGGAAUGACCAGAGACCCCGAUCUUGCUCAGGCAGUUGAACAAAUCUUUUGAGGAGCUCAUUAUUCAGCCCCUCCUUUGAACACCCCAAGACGUCUGUACCUGCUGAAUGCGUGAUUAGGAGACGCUUCCUCAGACCCUCAGGCCUUGCCACAGACAGGGUGGACGAGAAGGACCAGAAUCUCUCCCCGAGGAGCAGGACUCAUUCCCCAGGAUGCGGGCCUGAGAGAUGAGAGAUCACUUCAAACAAUCAGGAGCCAUGAGAGGGGAAGAAUUCCUCCGCCCAGGGGGGGAGGGUUGCAGAAGAUAAAGUGAGCAAUUUUUACUUGUCGGGUGAAGAAAGACUGGAAUGUGAGGGCCAGGUGUUGGGGCAGAACCCACACAGAGAGUCAGCUUAUAAGGAGGCCAGCUCUGUAUAAGAAGAAAAACAGAAAUAGAGACAGAAGAAUGGGAAAAGAAAGAACAGGCUCUUGCGGGUUCGAGAGAGGCUUUGAGUAGAAUGGCCACAGCACUCUUGUUGAGAGCUAUGAAAAUUCAUGUAUUAUGACAAAGACAAGUUUUGACCCUUUUUCCUUCUCUGGUAAUGAGCAUGGAGGCCGCCCUGGGAUGCAGCUUUCCCACCUGGGAGACGGCCCUAAGUUCUCUCUCCCUGGAAACUGCCCUGAAGGAAUGCUAGAGCUCAGAGCCUUGUAGUAAGAAGUGGUGGCCAUGGAGACCCUUUGAUCCCAGCUGCCUGGGACGGGAAUAUUGGCCUUUAUUGAGAGAUCUUUGUGCUUUCUCCUAAAAGGUGAUGGGUCCUAAUGAGUCCAAGAAGCGGAUUUGAUAGAAACCACCUAACAUGGAGGCACCCUGCAUCCUGAAUUCUCCCCUGAUACAAGUGGAAGUGGCCUCCUUUGACUGGCUGAGUAGCCAGAGCAUGCUUUGUCAUUUUUGUUUUUUAUUUUUUAAUUUAAACCCUUACCUUCUGUCUUGGAAUUAAGAUUGUGUAUUGGUUCCAAGGCCACAAUGUGGUAAGGGCUAGGCAAUGAGCUAGGAAGUGUCUUAGGCCAGAUUUGGACCUAGGACCUCCCAUCUCUAAGCUUGGCUCUCCAUCCACUAAGCCACCCAGCUGCCUCCAUGCCAAACUGAGAGAGUCAGUAUCUUUCCCAUUAUUUCCAGAGGACGAAGAUCAGUUGUAAUUCAUCCCCAUUGAAGGAGCCGGGAAUUGAAAUGGAAAGAAGAAAGUUUCCCUCUUCCCUCUCCUUUUAUCCCAUGGCUUUGAGAAAUUGUCCAGGGGUGUUUCUAUUUCUUUUUUGUCUCAUUUGUUCUUCCCAGUUUAACGUUCAAGGGGUCAUCACCAUUGAACUUCCAAGGAGUUGGAGUCAUGGGGACACUGAAGCCAGGAUUCCAGGCAGGAGGCUAGGGCCGGCUUCCUAACCAGGAUGAAUCGGCAUUGAGGAAACUACAAGUAUGUAUUGCUCUCCUUUUAUCCAGAAAUCACUGGCGCUCUGCUCUUCCUCCAAGCUCAGUGCCAUGAGCCACUGUUGUAGUCACAUUGCUGAGACAUGACGGUGAAGGUCAUCAGCAAUGGAUUUGGCUAGUUUGGAUGCUUUCAACACCACAGCAAUAGACAUUGAGGCCAUCAAUGAUGCCUUCAUGAAAGUCAACCACAUUAUGUUCAAAUAGUUCAUCUAUGGCAGGUGCAAGGGCACAAUCAAGGCUGAGAGUGGAAAGUGGCUGACCGAUGGAAACAUCCUUGCCAUAUUCCAGGAGAGGGAUCCCACAAAUAAUAAAUGGGGAGCUGCUGGGACUGAGUCUAUCUUAGCAUCAUGGAAAAUGUCCGGGCUUACGUGAAGAGUGGGUCCUUAUGCCUGCCCCUUCUGCGGAUGCCCCAGUGUUUGUUAUGGGAACGAACCAUAACAAAUCCCAUAAUUCCCUUAAGAUGGUCAGGAAUGCCUCUUCCUCCUACUGCUUGGCUCCUUUGGCCAGUUAUUUUUGGCACAUUUGGCAUUAUGGAGGCAUUCGUGACCUCAGGCCAUGCCAUUACUAAGGGUAGAUGGCCCCUCUGGCAAGCUUUGCUGAAAUAUGCCUUGUGCUGGAUGAGAAACUCACAGGCUUGGCCUUUCCCCUCUGGCGCUCUGACAUUCUUCCCGCACUUCUGGGUGUUCCCAUCUGGCCUCAGCAAGAUCACCCAACACUUGGGAAUGAAGAUGCAGCCCAGUAAGCCAGCACCGGAGGCCAGGAUGGAGAAGAUCUCCCCCACCACCACGGCUUUGCCCUUGGUGCUCUGGUAGGUGGGCAGGAAGGAGGCCCACACAGGGCAGAAACGAAUGAACCUGGCUUCAUUGAUGGUGUCGGGCCGGCUCCUGCCAGGAAAGCCACCGUGAAGCUCCCCAGGGCUGAGAGUCCAACGUAGCCCAAGACGCGGUAGAAACCCAGGACGGAGCCCUCAUCACAUGCAAUGAGGAUCUCAUCAGGUUGGGAAUGUGUGUCUGUGUCGGGACAGAGAGUCACUCGGACCCCAGAGCAAAGGAGCACAGCACUGCUGGGAGCUCCGGGCGGUAGCCAUCUCUUACUCCUGCUCCCUGGGGCUGCAGCCUCACAGGCCACAAUGACCACAAGGCUUUGGGCUAAAGCGGAAGAAACAGCCCCAGGGAACACAAGCCCAAAUGUCGCGUCUUGGAGGAGGCGGGUGGCUGCAGUGGGGCCACCAAGGAAGAGCCAGGAGCAGAGGAAGCAAGGUGAGGAAGACGAGGAGAGUGUAGCUGAGGGCCGGUUAUUGGCUUUCACUAGGGGGGAUCUUCACAAACACCCCAAGAAUCAGAGCUGGCAACGCAGAGAAGAAAGGCACCCCGAAGGCCAGAGCCGCUCCCAGAGGUUCUUCGAUAUCCAGGAAGGUGAUACUGUGGGGAGGCGGCGAUCCCUCUCCUUAUUGGGAUGCUCAUCUUGGUGGCACUCCCUAUCUGGAGGGGACAAGAAACACCUCGUUGUUUUAUGUUCCACAUUCUCCUUCCCUGACACGGAAACGCCCAGACCAGCUCUGACCAGAGGGCGGAAGGUGCCCCGCGAGUUGUACACACAAGAGCACGUGGGGCCAACACCCUUUAUAAUUUAGACAUUGUUGAUCGCCUUAUUUCUGUCUUAAAAUCACUACCGAGCAUCCGAUCCAAGACCUAAGAGCAGUAAGGGAGAGGCAAUUGUGGUGAAGUGACUUGCCCAGGGUCACACAGCAAGGCAGUCUGAGUCUAGAUUUGAACCCAGGACCUCCUUUUUUGCAGGCCAGGCUUUCUAACCAUUGAUCCCCCUCACUGCCCCACAUGAUGUUAUCCCUCAGUAUUUUUCUUUCACAGUUGAAGAAAAUGGUUCCUUAGCCUCUCCAUUCUCCCACUGCAUGGGUGCUCGCUGCUAAUUCCCCAGCAUUAAUCGUGAUCAUAUUGAUAAUAAUCGCUAGCAUUUAUACAGCACUAAUCAUGUGCCAGUUAUUGUGCCAAGGGAUGUCCAAUGAUCAUUUCAUUGGCUCUCCCCAGAACCCUGGGACGGAGGUAUUCCCAUUUCAUAGGAGGGGAAACUGAGGCAAGCAUACAUUCAAUGACUUGUCCAGGGUCACACAGCCAGGAAGCAUCUGAGGUUGGAACUCGGGUCUUCCCGACUCCAGCUCCAGAACUCUGAAAAAGAAUGCGGAGCCCUGAAUCCUUUCCCUCCUCCGCCCCCUUGUGGAGGAAACGGGAAGAACGCGAGUGACGCGGAGGAUCCUCGGCCUCCACCGGCCCUUCUCCGAGCAGGCGGCCCUUUCCGUCCCGACUCCUGUGCGAUGGUUUGGCCCAUUGCAGUGCCCCAAACAGCUCCAUCAUGGCCCUGGUCCUCCCCGGGACGGUAUCGAGGCUGUGGCGGACGUUCUGCGGGUUCUGCUCCCGUCACACUGCAUCAGGCCGGCUCAGGCGUGGCAGGUUUCCCAGAAUUCCUCCCGCUCGUCCUUCCUCCCAGCAUCCCCUCUCCAGGAGAGCCCGACGGACCCCUCCAGGCCCCCGUAGGGGCAGACACCCUCCCGCCCGGCCUCUCACCCCCACUCCGAGCCGCAGCGGAGCGCUUUGUCCCCGGAUGCGUCCUUUUCCUCGCCCGGGAUGCAGAGCCCGGAGUGGCGUCGCUGCCCGAAGCCUGUGGAGGCUCUCCGAGCCCGUUGAGCGUCGUCACUCCAGAUCGCGCUCCACAAUGGCGGAAUCCCUGCGGGACUCCCAGCAGGGCCUUCGAGGCUCACAAAAAGCCCUUUUUCUUCCCAGUGGCCGUGGCGGGGCGGGGGAGUCGGGGCUCGUCGGGGAGGUCCGGGCUGGGAAACCCAGCUGGGAUGGCCUCGGAGACCCAGGGGGGAGCUGGGGGAGGGGCAGAGCCAGGCUUCUGGGGGGUGCCUGCAGGAAAGAGGUCCUCCUGGGGCCUGGCAGGCCUCGGAGGGCCCCCCCAGGGUGCUGGACCCCCCCUGCUGCCUCCCCCUCUGGGCCUCCCUUUAGGGCUGCCUCCCAGCUCAGCCUGGACAGGCCCAAAGCCUGGAAGAAGAGGCUGGAGUCCAGGGAAGGGCCUGGGGGGCCCCCAACGCCCCCAUCCCAGGGGAGGGCAGGCCACGCCCAGCCCAGGCCUGUGUAUUCUCCCCUCCUGAGCCCCAGAGACAGCAGAGAGGAAUUCAGAGCAGCAGCCCCGGCCUGAGGCCAGCAAGGGAAGAAUCCUCCAGGGAGAGAAGCCCUCCCAGGGCCUUUAGCCCCUCAGGGCCUGCUAGAGCUCAGGGCCUGGAGUCAGGGAGGCCUGAGAUCUCCCCCUGCAGGACCCUGGUGCUUGCCUCAGUUUCCUCCCCUGUCCAGUGGGCUGCAGGAGGAGAGGCAAAGCCGCCCAGCCUCUGCCCAGAAAGCCCCAAAGGAGGGGAGAAGCAGCCAGGCCUGAGCAGCCUGAGCCCAGCCGCCCUGAGACACACAGACACCCCCAGACUGUCCUCUGUCCAUCAGGGCUCAGAGCCUGGGCUCAGGGGCUGCUGCUGCCUUCUGUGGCUUCCCAAAGGGCAGGAGGGGGUUCCUAGGCCUUCCCCAGCCCUCUAAAGGGUCUCUGGGCCUUGUGGACUGGGGGAGGGACUGAAGGAGACCCUCCUCAGCUGGCCCAGAGCCCAGGAGACCCCGAGGAAGCAGCUGUUUCCCCCCAGAUCCUCUCUGGACCAGCUUCCCCACAGCCCCUGGGCUCAGCCUCUGAUUCUCUGGAUUCCACAGUGGGGAAACUGAGGCAAAGGCUGGGGAGGGCCUUGGCCAGGCUUCCCCCUGCAGGGCAGUGUCUGAGGCCACGUUUGAUUCCAGGCCCAAGAGGGCAGCCCCCGAGUCACCCCAUUCUUCCCCCUGGGGAGAGGACAGGCCCCUCCUUUGAGGGAGCCCCUGGGGUCCUCCCAAAGCAGGAGCAGCAGGAUGUUCAGAGAGAUCCCUGGAGGAGGGGAAUCUGGGAGGGGGGCCUGGGCUGUCAGCUGCUGCUUUCUGCAGUUUCCUUCUCUGUCAGAAGGGGGGAUCCUAGCACUAUAUCCCCCGGCCCUGGGGAGCAGAGAUUCAUGGAUUGGUCAGUCAGUCAGUCAGUCAGUCAGUAGACACUAAUUAGGCACCUACUGUGUGCCAGGCUCUUGCCUUAGGCAGCUUCCAGCCUAAAGAAGCAGCUGGCAGGUCAGGAAGGGCAAGUGGGGUUGGGAGGAGAAGGCUGCAGCCCCCCAGGGUGGGGAACAAUUCCUUUACAUCCCUCCCCCACUAAGCCUCUACAGCCAGGAGCCCCGGCAGGACGACUUCAUUUCCCAGAAUGCCCUGUCAUGACAUCAUAGAAGUCUUGACUCUCCCCUGGGCAGGACUCCAUUUCCCAGAAUGCCGGUUCCCUGAUUCCUCCCUAGUCUUGGCCCCUCCUCCCGGUGGCCGCCUCCGGGCUUGCUGGGCACCUCCUGCGGGUGGGCUCAGCUGUUGGAAGCAUCUCAUACUUCACCCAGAGAGUACUUCUCAUCUCCCUGAUUCCACAGGGAAAAGCAUUUCAAAGAUACUUCUCCAGGUUUUGUCCUUCACAACAUGAUUCACAAAAUGCCUUUGUCAGUAUUCCAUUGGAACCUGAAUGACUGGUCUUCAGUGCUGGCUCUGAUACCCUUCAAGGGGUCAAUAACAUUCAAGGAUGUGGCUGUGAACUUUACCCAGGAGGAGUGGUGCCUAUUGGACCAUUCUCAAAAAGAGCUGUACCUGGAAGUUGUGCUGGAGAACAUGCAGAAUCUAUUCUCUGUGGGGCUUCCUGUUUCUAUGGAACAUUUUAUCUCCUGUUUUCAGCAAGGGAAAGCACCAUGGCUGCUAGAACAAAAAGGCCCAAGGAGCUCCUGCCCAGGCCUCCGUGACGUUCAAGGAUGUGGCCGUGGACUUCACCUGGGAGGAGUGGAGGCUCCUGGACCCUCCCCAGAAGGAGCUGUUCUGGGAGGUGAUGCUGGAGAACUACAGGAACCUGGUCUGCCUGGGCCUUGCUGAUUCAAACAAGGAUGUGAGGAUCUCUGAGCUGGAGUCAGGGGAACCACAUUGGAUUCCAACUGGUGGUGUCCUAAGAAGCUGCUGGCCAGGUUGGGAAUCGAGGCCUCAGACCAAGGAGUCAGCUCCCAAGAUGAGUAUUUCUGUGAAAGUCUUAUCCCAGGAAAAGUUCUUGGAGGAUGAUCUAAGAAUCUGCAAGAUGGAGAAAGCCUGGGAGUGUGAUGGCAGAUUGAAGAGAAAGCAGAGAAUGGAGGGGAAACCUUCUAGAGGAAUAAAAAUAAUCCAAGCAGAACCUCCCAAUGAGGCUGGAGGCUCUGCAUAUGAUAAAUACAGUCAGACCUCUAGCCCAGAGCCAGGCCUUUUUCCACAACAGGGAGCAUCUGUAGUUAUGCAGGGCCAGAAAGGAGAUAACCAGAGAGGGCGUUCCACCAUGUAUUUGAACCAAGGACAAAGUGAUCAAAUCCAUUCCAGGAAGAAACGUCGUAAUAAGGUUACAAAAUGUCAGAAAGUGCUGGGCCAUGAUUUGGGCUCCAUAAAAAAACGUGGAAUUCUUUCUGAAGAGAAAGUUCAUGAAACGGGGAAUUCAUUCCCUCGUAUUAAUGAAUGUGGUCCACACCAGACAACUGAUAGGGGGAAAAAGUGUAAUGAACUAACUAAAUGGAGGAAGACAGUUUGUGCUGAACUUUACUCUCAUUGUCAGAGUAGAGAGAGACGGUACAAAUGCAGUGAAUGUGGAAGGGCCUUCCAGGAAAAGGGGGCUCUUAAAGCACAUUACAGAAUCCAUACUGGAGAGAAACCUUUUAAAUGCAGUGAAUGUGGGAAGACAUUCCGGUCAAGCUCUCACCUUUCAGGACAUCGGAAGAGUACUCAUGAAGGAAUAAGACUUCAUGAAUGCAAUGUAUGUGGGAAAGCAUUCUCUGGGAAGUAUGAUCUUACUAAUCACAGUAGAAUUCAUACUGGAGAGAAACCUUUUCAAUGCAACCUUUGUGGGGAAGGUUUUCUCUGGAGAAGCUUACUGACCCUACACCAGACAAUUCACACUGGAGAGAUGAGAGAGACUGGCUCUACCAAAUAAUUGAAGGGACCCCAGGACAGGGUGGGGGAGAUGAGAAAAUAGGUUUGGGUUAAGGAGGGCCAGAGGUAAGCUGGUAGCUAAUCAAGGCAAAGUUUAUUGAUUAUGCUUUCCAUUAUAUAGAGAGUCUGAAACAGGCUAAGGUCUUGGGUGAGCUUCUUAUAUUCUCAGUGGAAGGUAAUGAUGUACAAGUUUGGUACAAAGGGUUUGAUUAACCUCACUGAAUGUAGACAGUUUUCUAUAGGCUGAUAAAUCAAUGUCAAUAUGUAACUACCUACCUGAGAUUGCCAGAGAAUGCUUGCAUCAGCAGUUUUUGGAAGAACAUGCUGUUACAGCAGGAGGGGUGGAAAAGGAGGGGUUUGAAGCCUCAGUCUACAUGUCUAACUUUAGCUGAGCUAUGGUUUCAGUUUUACUGAGGGUCUGCUUCGUCCCGAGCUUUGCUUUUAAGGUCUCGGGUUUUUUGCCUCCUACAUCUCUCUUUUUACCUAAAUUAGACAGGAGGAUAAACUGAAUAAAUGCUUGAUUACGUUUUUGCUUUCUGAGGUGGAAGCAGGGUAUAGACAUUUGGGUCUGAAUACCAGGGACCAGGAGUAUGUACUGAAAGAAUGACAAGGAAUAGGGUUGUGGAGGGGGAAUGAUAUCACUUACAGAUGCAAUGGGUGGGGAUCCUUGGAGUAGUUGGACUGGGGUAAAACAAAGGGUGAGGCAGCCACUUAUUAACAUAAAAUUGGGAAAAUGUUUUAUGGAGAAGUGGCUUAGUUAAGAUUCGUCAGUCUUGGGAGGCUUGCCAACUCCAGGAAUUGUUCUGACAUAUGCACUAUUCUUAUGGCUUGUCCCCAAGUCAUGGGUUCUGUGGCUUGGGUCCUCAGGGUGGUCAUUUGUGUUCUUCAUACUCCAUUGUUCACAAAGGUCCUCUGUCACAUAUGUCUGUUGCUUCUGGCUUGAUGACUUGGUGUGGAUCCAGUAUUAGGAAAAACCUCAACCCCCAUGUUAUAUAAUUCUAUAAAAAACUGAUAGUUCUGGGAUUUGGUGAUGUUCCUUUCAAACCCAGUGUGGUUGGUAUAGAUUUAGUAUGGUAUUCCUUUUUUUUUUCUGAUCAAUUUGCCUAGUCUCUGUUUACUCUAAAAAGAAUCAUUUUUCCAGCUUGUUAGUGACUUGGAAGAGAACCAAUAUCAUCCUUAUACUGUGAAUCUUAAAAUUUCUCAGACACUACCUUAAAAGGUUAGGGUUAUUCCCCAUUUAAACAAUGGAGGUAAUUGAUCUGGAAUGUAUUGAGAACUUAACCUUACUCCACCCAUACUUAGGUAUACCUUAGGGGAAGAUAAAGUUGUAAAACUCCUUACUGAACAAUGAAAACGUCCCCAACCCAUAUUUAUAGUGAGGCCAAGCCCUUAAGCUAGGUCUAUUUUUAGAUCUAAUACAAAAAGGUGCUAAGUACCUAUGAAGGUCAAAUUAAUCACUAAAAUGUCAAGCAAGCUUAGCAAGAAGUGUGAGGAUUUAGUCUACACAGAGAAGGUGAUAACAAAAUGUGAAUUAGGUAUGGUCAGUCCUUUGGAAAACGUCUACUGUGGUUGGUAGAUGUGAAAAUUUAGGGGAUGUGACAUAGGAGAAAAUUCUCUUUAAAAGGAGGUCAGAGGCCUCUGAAGUAAUUCUGCUUUGGAGCUGAAUUGUAGGUCAGGAGUCACAGAAGGCUGCUGGGGGCUCUCUCGGUGGCUGAACUUAGUUCAACUUCCUGAGCUAAACUGGAGGGUCUCUGAACACUAGAGUUUUGCUUGGAAGGAUCUUGUGGUGAGUGAUUAGAGACUGACUUUUCUCUCUUAAGGAGAAAGGCCUAGGCCAUUGGCAUAGGCCCAAGCCCUUUUCCUAUAAUUUCCUCUUACUCUGUCUCUCUCCCUUUCUUUAAUUCCUUAAUUUGUGUUCAUUAAAAUCUCCAUAAAACCCA